AUGGCUAUGCCUAUGGCCGCAACUCUCUCGCAACAGUCCAUACCCUCGACCGAGGCCCCUCCCUCGCCGCUUGAUCCUGCCUCUUCCUUCAAGACAGAGCUCAACGAUGAUCGCCCUGUCUCUCCUCGCGUCAUUCCCUCUUCUCUCACCCCACCGCCCUCCUCGCAGCCCUCGCAACCCAACGGUGCUGCAGGUCACCCUCUAGGCUACCUCGCUUCGCAACAUAGGUCCUCGGCCAGUAUGUUCUCUCCCCCAGCCACCACUGCUGCUCGCGUCUCCCGCCAUGGACAGCAAGCCCCGGCCGAAUAUGCCCCACCUACCGGCGAUCAGAUCGCCGACGCAUCUGCUGACGACCUGCGCCGCAUGCUGCACGCUUCCUUGGGCGAGAAUGCCCGUUUGAAGAUGGAGACGGCCCACCAUAAGCUUCAGUACAACUUGCUGAGCAUGCAGGCCGAUGAGGAGGCCAAAAGGGCUGUCGUCGAACACGACAUGACCCGCCGCGAGGUAGAGGUCCUCCGUGUCGCUGAGAGCGCGCGCCAGGUCCGCAGAGAAGUCAGUGCAGCCGCCGAGAACACCCAAGUCAAGUAUAUUCAGCUCAAGGCUACCUACGAUCUGGCCAUGAACGACAUGGAUGGCUUGAGGAAGCGUGAGAAGAACUUCAAAAAGGUACUUCAACAGAAGGAGGACGAGAUCAUUGCCCUGACCGACGAGCGCUAUCUGCUCCUAAGGCGAAUCCGAGAAAACCGCGAGCAUUUUCACAUGCUUUGCAGCCCUGGCGGAGCCUUUCAUGGCGCCCUGACACCCAAGCUGGCCCCUGCCGUGGCUACCCCCCAGCAACAUCGCACCACGCCGAGACAGACCCCCAGGUCUCAUCGCCGCGAGCAUGACCACCACCAGAUCGGCUUCCAAGUCCUUCUAGAGGCGCUCAGUCAAGACAACAACAGCGCCCCCUCCACACCCACGAGCGCUCACCGACCAGCCCCUCGCAUGCUGCCCAAGCACACCCGCGGGGCCCAGUCCAUGUCCUCUCUGCCAACAACCCCAAUGGCAAAAUCCCGAGGCGACCACGCCGCUUUGCUGCCUUCCAUAGACCUCAUACCUCGAACCGAGCCGCCUCAUCGUUUUACUACGAAUCGCUUCGUCCCCGAUGCACAGCACACCCAACGAAAGAGCAGGGAGAGCACCAUCUCGGCCGAUGACAACAACGAGGAACUCGCUCGUGCUGCCCUGAACAUGGCUGCCGUCAACCGCUCCAUCAUCUCGAACCCCUCCCAGAAAUCUCUUUCUCACUCCCAUCACCGGCAAGCCGAGGAGGAUGUAUAUGAAAGCCAGGCGAGUCAAGCAGCUUCGGAAAUGCUGCGCCGUGAUCCUCGAGGGGGCUUCGACGAGGUGGCAAGCUCGGUUGACUCGCGAGAUGCCACCCCAGCACCAGCCGAGAAGAGUGCCAAGCUCCAAGCCAAAAUCUUUGCUCCGAUCAACAAGGCAGCCCCGGCCGCGGAGAAGCGCAAGUACAACGGACAGGCAGAAUAUGCAGAUAGCAGUCGCGAGCCUCUCCCAAGCCCAGCGAAGAAGAUGAGGUUCGCACCAGGAAGUGCUGAUGCUCACAGGGCACCCUCAGACAUCGUCAUACUUUCCGCCUUGCGGACGCCCGUCUGCCGUUCCUAUCGGGGACAGCUGAAGGACGCCUACCCCGAAGAGCUCCUGUCCGUCGUCCUCCGAGCCACACUCGACGCGAACCCGAAUCUCCCUCCCGAGGCCGUCUCCGAUGUAGCCGUAGGCGUCGUCCUCUCCGAGCUCGGCGGCUCCAAGGCCGCGCGCAUGGCCAUGAACCACGUCGGGUUCCCCAACUCGACCUCGCUGUACACGGUCAACCGGGCCUGCUCGUCGUCGCUGCAGAGCGUCGCCCUGGUCGCCUCGCAGCUGCGGACGGGCAUGAUCGAGGGCGCGGGCAUCGCCGCCGGCAUGGAGAGCAUGACGCGCAACUACGGCAGCCGCGCCAUCCCCGUCGACCUGUGGCCCGAGCUCCGCGACAGCCCCAGCCAGCACGCCAGGGACUGCAUCAUGCCCAUGGGCCUCACCUCCGAGAACGUCGCCGAGCGCUACGGCGUCGGCCGCAAGGAGCAGGACGAGUUCGCCGUCGAGUCCCACCGCCGCGCCGCCAGGGCCCAGCAGGACGGCGCCUUCGACCGGGAGAUCGUCAGCGUCAGGACCCGCUUCCAGGAGGUCGACAAGCAGGGGAACAAGGUCGGCGAGGAGAAGACCAUCGAGGUCACAAAGGACGACGGCAUCCGGGCCAACGCGACCUACGAGGGCCUCGCCAAGCUCAAGCCCGCCUUCAAGCCCGACGGCGCCAGCACGGCCGGCAACUCGUCGCAGGUGAGCGACGGCGCGGCCGCGACGCUGCUGAUGAAGCGAAGCACCGCCACGGAGCUGGGGUUGACCUCGAGCAUCAUCGGCAAGUUUGUCGGCGCCACGACCGUCGGCUGCAAGCCCGACGAGAUGGGUAUCGGCCCCGCGUUGGCGAUUCCGAAGCUGCUGGGUCAGUUCGGCAUCGAGAACAAGGACGUCGACCGCUGGGAGCUCAAUGAGGCCUUCGCCAGCCAGGCCAUCUACUCUGUCAGGGAACUGGGGCUCGAGAAGGAUUGGGAGCAGGGCAAGGUCAACCCUGACGGCGGUGCCAUCGCGCUGGGCCACCCUCUGGGUGCGACCGGCGCUAGGAUGACGAGCACGUUGCUACACGGACUGGGCCGCACUGGUGGCGAGGUCGGUGUGGUCAGCAUGUGUGUUGGCACUGGUAUGGGCAUGGCUGGUCUGUUCGUGCGAGAAUAG